UAAUAUAUUAAUAUAAUAUAAUAUAAUAAUUAUAUAUUAUUUUAAUAAUAUAUAAAUAAUUUUUAACUAUUUAUAAAAAUGUUCGUAAAAUAUAUUAGUGUAGUGAUUUGUAUUAUUUGCUUUUUGUAUACUUUUUAUGUUUUGUGUAAUUUAACAUAUUUUUUAUCGAAUUACGAUGAAAAUAAAGAAGCAAUUAUCUCAUCACAAAAGAAUAAAGAUUCUGUAUUAUGGUUGUUAAUAAUAAAUAUGUUUCUAUUAAGUAUUUUUAUAUUACAACAUUCACUUAUGGCUAAUGAUUUCAUAAAACAUUUAUUUUGUAAACUACAAAUAGAUUAUAUGGAAAGAAGUAUUUAUAAUGUUACUAGUGCUAUGGCUCUUCAUUUAUUAUUCAAUAAAUGGCAAAUUAUUUCAUCCAUUAUAUUAUGGAAAGUUAAUAUUAUUUCUAACAAUGUUUUGUGGUUCAUGUUCACUGCUCUUCAUGUGUUGGUUUGGUCAAUAAUUUAUAGUGGAUGUUUAAUGAUGGAUAUAUCUGAAUUAGCUGGAAUAAAACAAGUAUAUUACAAAUUUUCAUUUAGACCAAGUCCUAAUGAAAUGAAAUCUAAAAAAUUAUUACGUUAUUAUUCACAUAUGAGACAUCCAAGUUUUACAGGAUUUCUUAUUAUUUUAUGGAUAUAUCCUUAUAUGACAUUAGACAGGUUAUUAUUGGCUUCAAUACUCACAGUUUAUAUGGCCUUAAUGUGGAUGAUUGACAAAGAGGAUUACAAUUAUCAUGUUAAUUUUGUAAAGAGAAAACAAAAAGAAUUGUUUUGAUUUCUAUUUAUACAUAUUGUCAUUUUUUCAAUUAUUUGCAUUGCAAUUAAAAUAUAUAUUCAUUUGUACUAAUAUUUAUUUAAAAUCUUUAUAUUGUAAAAUGGAAGUAGAAUUGCAAGAACAAAAUUUGUACUAUGUCCAGUUGUAGACAAUACACCUGCUCGAAUUGCUGUUUUAUAUAAAGGACAAACAUAUCUUGGAUCAUCUUCUGGAAGUUCUAAUAUUGGAUUUAUAUGUAAAACUGGAAGAGAUGGAUGCAUUUCACCUAAAAUAGAUAAUCUAAUUACAUUUUCUCAAUAAUAUAUUAUUU